CGCGUUGGAGGUAUUUCCGAAAGGAGAAACGCUCAGUGUCAUGAUUCUGUGUGAACCACAGCCCAUCAAGACUCUACCAUUCAAACCCCAAGUGGUACUUGUAAAGUGCGUUAUUUGCCAGGCACAGCCCUAAGCGUCGAGGUAGAUACAAGUCUAGGCAAACUGUGCUCUACUGCAAGAAAAGAACCACUUCCAAACCAUCCCAUUUUCAUCAUCGGAUUGAAAACGAGGCCGAGACCGUGGCCAUGAGCAACAGGUUGACAUGCCUGUCUUGCUGUUUCCCAGCAGUCCACGUAUUCGUAUGCCACUUGCAAUCUCCGCCGACUCAACGACAAACUGCCGAGACUGGGCUUGGAACGGGAACAAGAAGGCAGAGGAGUUGGGUAGAAGGGAGAGAAGACAGAAAAUAACUGUCCAGUUAUUCCAUUUCAAUGAGUCGGUUAAUGAAAACGGGGCAGAUCUCCCUCUACCUCCUGACGCCCACGUCUUAAAGACAGAGAUGCGGAGCUUCGACGUCAUCAGCGACGGAGGCCGGACGGAGACGAGACCUGUCAGAGGCGGAGACGAGACAGACUCCUGCACGUAUCACCCGGGUGUUCCUGUCUUUCAUGAUGCCUUGAAGGGUUGGUCAUGCUGUAAGAGAAGAACCACUGAUUUUUCUGACUUCUUAAGUAUUGUGGGCUGUACCAAGGGCAAACAUAAUAAUGAGAAGCCCCCCGAGCCUGUUAAGCCUGAAGUGAAGAGUACCACCGAGAGGAAGGAGCUGUCCGAAUUGAAACCGAAAUUCCAGGAACACAUCAUUCGAGCCCCUAAGCCGGUAGAAGCCAUAAAGCGGCCAAGCCCAGAUGAACCAAUGGAAAACUUGCAGUUGAAAAUAUCUGCCUCACUGAAACAAGCACUGGAUAAACUUAAGCUGACAUCUGGGGGUGAAGAAGAAAAAAAGGAGGAGGACAGCGAUGAAGUCAAGAUUGGGACGUCAUGUAAAAAUGGAGGCUGCUCAAAGACAUAUCAGGGUCCCCAGAGUCUAGAAGAAGUCUGCAUAUUUCAUUCUGGAGUGCCUAUUUUCCAUGAAGGGAUGAAAUACUGGAGCUGUUGCAGAAGAAAAACGUCUGAUUUUAAUACAUUUUUGGCCCAAGAAGGUUGUACGACGGGAAAGCAUCUGUGGAUUAAGAAGGAUGCUGGGAAAAAGGUCAUUCCUUGUAGACACGACUGGCAUCAGACUGGAGGUGAAGUGACCAUUUCAAUAUAUGCCAAAAAUUCUCUUCCAGAACUGAGUCACGUAGAAGCGAACAGUACACUGUUAAAUAUUCACAUUGUAUUUGAAGGAGAAAAGGAAUUCCAUCAGCAUGUGAAAUUGUGGGGUGUGAUCGAUGUAAAGAGAAGCUGUGUAAAUAUGACGGCCACAAAGAUUGAAAUCUCCAUGAAGAAAGCAGAACCCAUGCUAUGGGCAAGGCUAGAACUCCCUCCUCCCAAAACCCAAGAAAAACAGAAAGAGGAUGGUUUAAAAGAUCAAGAGUAGUAAAGGAAGAACGAACUACUAGCUAUCACUUACCCCUUUGACAUCCUGUUGCUGCAGGGUGGAAUGGUGACUUGCUGCUGUAAUCUGAUGGAAGUAAUUUUUAUUGCUUCUAAUCCACUGCGGGGAAUAUUCUUACCUUAAUGCUGGACUUAGGCACUAGAGCUAAAGGCAGGGAAGAGGAAAAGUCAGAGAAAGUGUUUCCCGAUAGCACCUUGGAGUUACAACAGGGGAAAUAUUUUUUUAAGAGCCGUGUAUCUCCUUGUUCUUCUUUGCUCCCUUCUCAACUUUUAUCUCAUAGUGAGCUAGAAUGCGAGUCAUUGUAAGAUUCAUUUUGAUGUUUAGGUUCUUGGCUUUCGUUUUUUUCUUUGAAGCUUCAGCUUUUGAAAACAUGUUUAAUGUGCUCCGUUUCCCGGGAUUCAAACUGGACCAUUGGAAUCGACUCUAGGGGUUGGGCAGCAGGAGAAAUUGUACUCAUCCGUAUUUCUAAGAGGAGAGCCUCAGUUUUGCCUUCCAGAGCCCUUAGCCAAAUGGGGAAUUAAGGACCUUUCAUCUGGAAGGAAAUAGUUUGCUCAUGUGAGCUCUUUCUUCAGGGGUUUUUACAAGAUCCCUUCCCCAAUUAAUAGGACUGGUGUCCUGAUCAUUACCAAGUAUAAUGUAAUUCUCUUCAGCGACCUUACAGGAAGGUAAUGGGGGAAGUACGACAGAACUCUUUUUGGCAUGCUUAGAAAGAAGUAGGACUUGUAAGCCCUAAUGUGAAGUGCACUGUAACACAAGGACUGUGUUCUUCAGGGGAUGAAGAAGUCGGCGAAGGUGGAUGGUUUAAAGAUGCAGAAGCCCACAGUAUGCAGUGAGGCCAGGAUUCCUAAGUGGGAAGAGGAUUCCUAAUUGUGUAACGAAAACGAACGUUAGAGCAGAACGGGGUGGGCACUUACCUGUAGAACUUACCGGCCCCCCAAAAAACGGUCGUACGAAGCAAACUGCCAGGUUCACCCACAAUUUUCAGGCUGAGAGAUGCAUUUUAGGAAACUGGGCAACUACUCAAACCCUAGCAGUGAGGGUUGGUUUGUCUGACUUCUCUCUAGUGCCUGUAAAAUGAGGAUUACUUACAUCUUCGGGAGUUCUUGCCUUCUUACAGGAGGCAGAGCUAGGAAGUCUUCUCUUCCAGCUGCCACACAGCAGAUUGUUAAAUCUAAUUGAGCUAGCAUACCCAUUAAGGAACAAUUAGGAUUUCACAAUGCUAGGCAAAGCGCUGAGAAAAUCACAAGUCUUCUGAGCACUUACCCGGCGAGUUUUUACAAUGAUCCCCUUCUCCCCGACCAAGGCACGUUCCAGGAGCUGGUUAUUUGUGUGUGCUCUAGCUACAGGUUCCAAAAGUUGGACCACCUGCAGUCCUUUCACCUACUCGCAAGCAACAAUCAGUGAAUGCGAGGGAGUGAAUAUUUCUCCGAAACUGAGAUCAACAGAGCUGGGUUUUUAAAAUACAUUUUUACCUGCAUUCUCAACUUUUCAGUCCCCUAUUUUCUGCAUUUAAAAACUCCCGCCUCGAAGACUGCUUAUCAAAUCUGGGGUGGGAGCUGCUUAGCCGACAGCAUGCAUUUCUUCUCAAAUGGUCUCUUUCACACGUGCUUGAUUUUCUCUGAGAUAGAUAUGCCUGUCUUUGGUGGGGGAACAGCCUUCUUUUAACAGAACGAUUGCUUUUACCCCACAACGCUGGAUUUCUUAAACCAUGCCAUUUUGUUUACCUUUAGUGAUAUUCCAAAUUCUCGUCCAUUUCUGGUGAAGAGCUAGCUAGAACCUUUCGCUUCGGCUCACCUCCAGCGCUGAAAAGAAAUAUCUCGAGGAAUGUUACUUCAUUUUUUUUUAAGACCCCACUUUUCUGUUUCAAAAAAAAAAAAAAAAAACAAAAACAGGUUGCUUGAAGGGGAGCAAGAAAGUUUUUAUAAUGGAGAAAUAGGGUUUUUUUGUUUUGUUUUGUAGCAAAUUAUGUAAAUACUUGUAAAAACGUAAACUCGGAUCAACUUACCCUAAAUGACUACUGUCUUGUGUAACUUGUUGAUCCAGUUAAUCGGUGUGUUACUAUUACUAGAUCCGUACACACUAGUUAGAAUGGCACAAGACUGUGCUCUGAUUGUGUACUGUAUUUAUUAACUAUUCUUUCAGAGCAUUCUUUUUACCCCUGCUCUCACUGGAAUGUUUACUUAAUUUGAGCAACUCACGCCCACUCGACAGAUGAAUUCUCCCCCAAAUACCUUGGGGAGGCUCACCUUUUGGAUCCAGGCUCCCUGGUUUUACUCUUGACUCAAUACAGAAAUUGCAUUGAAGUGACAUCCGUGUCUCCUGGUUUAAGGAUUGUUGCUCUUACGGCUCUCCCUUUUUGUUCUUUUGGAACCAAAUGACUUUGGCUUUUCUUUUAGUAAUAUUAAUAUUGUGAGACUGGUUUGCUGAAACAUAAAGAAAUUUUACUUCUGAAUCGGUGGCCCGUCAAUGUUUUUUCUUUUUGCAUGGGAAUUGUCUAAAGGUUACACAUUUGUUUUGAGUUGACUUUUUCCCCUAUAUUUCUGAAUAAAUUAUCAUUAUAUACCAGCAAA